UUCAAAUAUUUAGUCAAAUAUUUAACUUCCGGGCUAAACAGUUUCAGUUGCUCUUGUUUAUCAUAGCAUUAAAAUGAUGGAUAUAUUUCGAAUAAUAUCAACAGUGUUUAUAAUAUUCACGAUUUUCUACAAUGCAGACGCAGAAUGUGGGAAAAAGCUUUUUGGUGUUGGCUGCAGAUUCCGGUGUCACUGUAAAAAUGAUAUACAAUGUGAUGAAGUUACCGGGCAAUGCUCGUCAGGGUGUGACCAUAACUGGGCAGGGCCAGGCUGCCAGUACCGAAACAUCGCAGUCGAUUAUGUCUUCACGGAACAUUCGGAUGAAAAAAAGACCAGCUCUAGAUUAGCUAUAGAUGGUGAUGUAUCUACAUGCACUGAUGUCGACAUCGGAAGGACCAAACCCUGGUGGAGAAUAUGGUUGUCAAAUAACUACACCAUAACCGAGCUGGAAAUCGUAAUCAACAGUUCACAAAUGGAAAAUUUUAAAGAGUUCAAGAUAACUGUUGAGCAUGUACCAGAAUAUCUGGCAACGAAGACAGAUUUUAACGAUUACAUUGUUCCAAAACAAGCAAUAUGUUUUCAAAACAAUGCCAACAUACGAAAUAAAGUCAUCAAUAUCGUCUGCACAAAUCCUGUGGUAGGAAACCAAGUUCGACUCCGACUAGGUGGACGAGCAACAAAACUUUCGAUAUGUGACUUCAGAAUAUUUCAAGGUCGAAAUGUAGCGUUUAAUAGACGAACUGAUCAAGAUCCCAGCAUCGAAGGAGGAGAAAAUUCAUCCGUCGUCGUGGAUGGUAGCCCAACAAAUGGCAAAUGUAGCGUCACACCCUGGUGGAGUGUUGACCUUGCGCACAUAAUUGUAAUAAACAGGGUGAAUAUUACAACGACAAAUUCAAAUGGCUUCACGAUACUGUUAUCUAAUAACUCACGUGACUGGAUUCCAGUCUAUAAGGAUAAUAAUUCGGUACCAGCGGUAGCGAAGACGAACAUUUCAAUAGAUGUCACUGCUCGAUUUGUGAAAGUGGAAAAUGCUAUUAAACCAUUAACCCUCUGUGAGGUUCAAAUUCUAGGAGAUUGCCUUCCGAAUGUUUGCGGGUUCGACUGCGCAGAUCCAUGUCAUUGCAAGAAGUUUAACUCGGAAGUCAAAAUGUCAGGCAACUGUUCAGAUGGUUGCGUUGAUAACUGGACAGGAGACAAAAAGAAGUGUGACAGAGUUGUACCAUGUGACAAGCCAUCUGGUGUAAUCAUCUCAGAGAUUGCAUUAAGCUUGUCAAUGAUAGGAACAGUCGCGUUAACUGCUGUGUUAAGUGUAUUAAUUACCAUAUACGUCAUGAAAAGGAGACAAUCAAGUACAAGUAACACAAACAGUAGUCAAAGGCAGGCCGAGGUUCCGAGACGACCAAGGCCGAUGGCAUCAAGGAUCAAAGAAAGAUUCCUUUCUAUAUACUACAACACAACACUUAGACCAAGAAGUCAGAAUAAUGAUAAGGAGUAUGACGAUCUUGAACUACCCCAUAGAAACAGAAAGAAAGAUCAAGAGGGCUAUACCGAUCUUGAGGAAAAGUAAUUUUUUACUAUACUUAUUGUAUUGCU